UCGUCAUCCGCAACCCCAAGCAAAACCCUAAUCCCUCUUUCUUCCUCUUCCUCAGUAGUGCGAUUUUCGAUUCUCUUCUCUGCAACUAUGCCUAACCCUAAGGUCUUCUUCGACAUGACCAUCGGCGGUCAACCUGCCGGCCGCAUCGUGAUGGAGCUCUAUGCCGACGUGACUCCCAGCACCGCCGAGAACUUCCGCGCGCUCUGCACCGGCGAGAAGGGCGCCGGGCGGAGCGGCAAGCCCCUCCACUACAAAGGCUCGUCCUUCCACCGCGUGAUCCCGAACUUCAUGUGCCAGGGCGGCGACUUCACCGCCGGAAACGGCACCGGAGGCGAGUCGAUCUACGGCGCCAAGUUCGCCGACGAGAACUUCUUGAAGAAGCACACUGGUCCCGGCAUCCUCUCCAUGGCGAACGCCGGUCCCGGAACCAACGGAUCUCAGUUCUUCAUCUGCACGACGAAGACGGAGUGGCUCGACGGAAAGCACGUCGUGUUCGGACAGGUCGUCGAGGGGAUGGACGUCGUCAAGGAGAUAGAGAAGGUCGGAUCCAGCUCCGGCAGGACCGCCAAGCCUGUCGUCGUCGCCGACUGUGGUCAACUCUCUUAGAUAGACGACGUUGACCCUAGGCUUUUAUCUCUGUGUCGGUGGCUCUGAAUGUGUCGUUUCUUUCGGUGUCGUUUUUGCCUUUUUUUUCUCUUUCCCAUGUCGUUUAGGGGAUUGCGGUGUUAUGGAUAUCAUUUCGAAACCCUUCCCCUUUGAAUCCUUCCUUUCCUUUCUAAAAUAUCAGUAUCAUGUGGUUCGUUCAUAGAGUGAAUGGAGUCUGUUAUGAGAAACAUAAAAAAAUAUGAUGAGCUACCUUCAAUAAAAAUUAGGACCUCUAUUAUUCGCCUAGUAA